UCUUUUCUUUUCUUCCCCACACAAACCAUAAUGCCUUAACCAACAAAAGACAGACCAUUAGACGCACUCCACAAUCAUCACCUUCAUCAUGAGUCAUGACUUCUUCUCUUCUCCUUCUUCAUCUUCUUCAAACCCUUAUAUCCACCAUUGUUAACCUUAAAGCCUUUCUCAACUUCACCUCACUUCAUCAGACAAUCUUUUCACUUUCUUCUUCCUAAAAAAGCCAUGAACAAGAAGAACACUUCCCUUUCUCUUGCUCAUCUCUUUCUCCUUCUUCUUCCUUUAUCUUCCUUAUCUCUCAAGCUUUCACCUCAACUCUCCUCUCUCAUUUCCCUCAAAACAUCUCUCUCCGCCUCUCCCUCUGCCUUUCAAGACUGGAAAGUCACGGAUGACCAAAACGGCGCCGUUUGGUGUUCUUGGUCCGGUGUAGUCUGCGACAAUGCAACUUCUCAAGUCAUUUCUCUUGACCUCUCUAACCGGAACCUCACAGGCCAUCUUCCUCAACAGAUUCGUUACUUGUCAUCGAGCUUACUCUACUUGAACCUCAGUAAGAACUCCUUGGUGGGUCCGUUCCCCACUUCUCUCUUUGACCUCACCAAGCUCACCACUCUCGACAUCAGCCAUAACUCCUUCGAAUCAAGUUUCCCUCCUGGAAUCUCCAAGCUCAAGUUCCUAAGAGUCUUCAACGCCUUCAGCAACAACUUCGAAGGCUUGUUGCCUCUGGAAGUGGCUCGUCUCCGUUUCUUGGAAGAGCUUAACCUCGGUGGUAGCUACUUCGAAGGAGAGAUACCUGCAGCUUACGGUGGUUUACAGAGACUAAAGUUUAUCCAUUUAGCCGGAAACCUUCUCGGAGGCGCUUUACCUCCGAGAUUAGGACUCUUACCAAACCUCCAACACAUCGAGAUCGGUUACAAUCAGUUCACAGGAAACAUACCUUCAGAGUUUUCACUACUCUCGAACCUUAAGUACUUAGACGUCUCCAACUGCACCCUCUCUGGCUCUCUCCCUCAAGAACUCGGAAACCUCACAAAGCUCGAGACUUUGCUCCUCUUCUUCAACGGCUUCACCGGCCAAAUCCCGGAGAGUUACAGCAACUUAAAAGCUCUAAAGUCACUAGAUUUAUCAAGCAACCAGCUCUCCGGAACCAUCCCUCCAGGCUUCUCCGACUUGAAGAACCUCACGUGGUUUAGCGUAAUCAGCAACAACCUCUCAGGCGAAGUCCCCGAAGGCCUCGGCGAGCUCCCGGAGCUAACCACAUUGUCUCUAUGGAACAACAACUUCACCGGAGCUUUACCGCAGAAGCUCGGAACAAACGGAAAGCUCGAGACUUUAGACGUCUCCAACAACUCCUUCACCGGAACCAUCCCUCCUUCUCUAUGCAACGGCAACAAGCUUUACAAACUCAUCCUCUUCUCCAACAACCUCGAAGGCGAGCUCCCAAAGAGCUUAACGACCUGCACGUCUCUCUGGAGGUUCAGGACUCAAAACAACAGACUAAACGGCACCAUACCGUCAGGAUUCGGCUCUCUUGACAACCUCACGUUCGUCGACCUGAGCAGCAACAGAUUCACCGACCAGAUUCCAUCUGAUCUCGCCAAGGCUCCUGUUCUUCAGUACUUGAACCUCUCUUGCAACUCGUUCCAUAAUCGCUUACCGGAGAAUAUCUGGAAAGCUCCGAACUUGCAGAUCUUCUCGGCGAGUUUCAGUGAUCUCAUCGGUGAGGUUCCUAACUACGUGGGAUGCAAGAGCUUCUACAGGGUUGAGCUGCAAGGGAACUCGCUCAACGGGACAAUCCCUUGGGACAUAGGACACUGCGAAAAGCUUCUCUCUUUGAACCUCAGCCGCAACUACUUAACCGGAAUCAUCCCCUGGGAAAUAUCCACGCUUCCUUCCAUCGCUGACGUGGAUCUUUCCCGUAACCUCCUAACCGGAACGAUCCCCUCCGACUUCGGAAGCUCCAAGACCAUCACGACUUUCAACGUUUCGUUUAAUCAGCUAACCGGCCCGGUUCCGACCGGUUCGUUCACGCAUUUGAAUCCGUCCUUCUUCUACUCUAACGAGGGGCUGUGCGGAGACGUGCUAAGGAAGCCUUGCGGCUCCGAUACGGAACCGGAGAUUUACGGCCGGAAGAAAACCGCCGGAGCCAUCGUCUGGAUAAUGGCGGCGGCCAUCGGCGCCGCGUUUUUCCUCCUCGUCGCCGCCGCUCGGUGCUUCAAGAAAAGCAAAGUCGACGGCGGAGAGGUAGGACCGUGGAAGCUAACGGCGUUCCAGAGGCUGAACUUCACGGCGGACGACGUCGUCGAGUGUCUCUCGAAGACGGACAACAUCCUCGGGAUGGGAUCGACGGGGACGGUGUACAAGGCCGAGAUGCCGAACGGGGAGGUCAUCGCCGUGAAGAAGCUCUGGGGGAAGAACAAGGAGAACGGGAAGAUCCGGCGGCGGAAGAGCGGCGUGCUCGCGGAGGUCGACGUGCUAGGCCACGUGCGCCACCGGAACAUCGUCCGCCUCCUCGGAUGCUGCUCGAACCGGGAGUGCACGAUGCUCCUGUACGAGUACAUGCCCAACGGGAGCUUGGACGAUCUCCUCCACGGAGGGGAUAAGACGGCUAACGCCGCCGCGGAGUGGACGGCGCUGUACAAUAUCGCGAUCGGAGUCGCUCAGGGGAUAUGCUACCUCCACCACGACUGUGAUCCGGUGAUCGUGCACCGCGAUCUGAAGCCUAGUAAUAUUCUCCUCGACGGGGACUUCGAGGCGCGUGUGGCGGACUUCGGCGUCGCGAAGUUGAUUCAGACCGAUGAGUCUAUGUCCGUCGUUGCCGGAUCUUACGGUUAUAUUGCGCCAGAGUAUGCAUAUACACUACAAGUGGAUAAAAAGAGUGAUAUCUACAGUUUUGGAGUGAUACUAUUAGAAAUCAUCACCGGAAAAAAAUCGGUCGAACCGGAGUUUGGAGAAGGUAAUAGUAUCGUGGAUUGGGUUAGAUCAAAGCUGAAGACAAAGGAAGAUGUAGAGGAAGUGCUAGACAAAAGCAGGGGUAGGUCGUGUAGUCUCAUAAGAGAAGAGAUGAAACAGAUGCUGAGGAUUGCACUGUUGUGUACGAGUCGGAAUCCAACAGAUCGGCCGCCGAUGAGAGAUGUGUUGUUGAUUCUCCAAGAGGCGAAGCCGAAGAGGAAGGCAAUGGGGGAUAAUGUGGUUGUUCUUGGCAAUGUUAGUGAUGUUAAUUUGGAAGAUGUUUGUGGUGGUAAUGCUGGUGUUAAAUGUCAGAAGAUUGGGGUGUGAUUUGGUGGUGCUUGUAAUGGUAGAAUUAAUUUUUUUUGAAUGGUGUUAAGAGUAUAUAUAUAUAUGAGUGUACUUUUGCUUUUGUGUUUUAUUAUAUGAGUGAAAUAUUUCGAUU